AUGGCCUCCGAGGACGCCAUCUACCGCGAGUCAUCGCAGUUCCGCCUCUGGUCCUUUUCGCCGGGCCAGCUGGCCGACCUGCGGGCGCAGACCAACGCGCUGGCCGUGUCGACGAUCCGCGAAGCCCGGCAGCGCGGCCUCGAAGCGACACCGACAUCGACGCAGACACAGACGCAGCCACCCUCCGAUGACCCUCCCGCUCUGACGCCCGCCGAGGAGCGCCUCCUGCUCGACUUUUACACCGUCGAGCUGCUGCGGGCCGGCAAGUUCACGGAGCAGCCGACAGACGUGCAGGCCACCGCGGCCAUCUUCUUCCGGCGCUUCUACGUGACGCACAGCCUGAUGACAUAUCCGCCUGCGGCGCUCUACAAGACUGCCCUCUUCUUCGGCGCCAAGGCCGAGGGCUACUACCACAAGCUCGACGGGUUCGCCCAAAAGUUCCCGCACACCACCGCGGCCGACGUGCUCGCCGGCGAGUUUCUCCUCUGCCAGGGCAUUCGCUUCGCCUUUGACGUCCGCCACCCGUUCCGCGCGCUCGAGGGCGCUGUCAUGGAACUGCGGCGGCUCGCCGACGUCGAUGCUCUGACGGCUGCACCGGCCGACUCGGCUGACUCAGCUGACUCAGCUGACUCAGCACCAGCAUCAUCAAUACCACCGACAUCGUCAACACUGUCCGACACCCGCAUCUCGGCCGCCCAUCGCCGCGCCCGCGAGAUCCUCAAGUUCAGUCCCCUCAUCACCGACGCCUACUUCCACUUCACGCCCUCCCAGAUCAUGCUCGCCGCCCUCCGCCUCGCUGACCGCCCGCUCGCCGACCGCCUCGUCGCCGAAUCCUUCCGGCGACCCUCCCCCGCUGCCACGUCAAAAAAGUCCAAAAAGAACGGCGAGGCUGAGUGGGAGCGCAUCACCGGCUCGGCCGUUUGUCGGCGCGUUGAUGAAGCCCUCGCUGACUGCCAGGCCCUGCUCGCCGCCGAGCCGCCUGAGCGCCUGUCCGACUACUGGGGCCAGCCCGUGUCCAACAACCUCAUCAAGCCGCUGCUCAAGAAGCUCAAGGCCUGCCAUGACCCCGAUCGCUGGGACCUCGUCGCCCUGCAGCAGGCCAAGCGUGAGGGCGCCGUCAAGGCCUACCACCACAACGCCCUCCCCGAGGACGCCUCCGUCUUCGGAAAGUCCCUCGCCGCCGUCUCGGCCACACCUGACCCUGGCCUUCAUGAAGCCAAGCGACGAAAGGUCGCCAAGGCCCUGGAUGAUCCUUUUGGGCCGCCGCUGUAA